ACGCACAGCGAUGCCGUUUACAAUAGUGUGCGAUGAUAUAUGUAUAUUCCUACAGAUGAUUUCCUUAUGUGUAAAUGCGCCAAAUGUGGAUAGACCCAAGCAAAAGUUUACUAUUUCUCAUGAUAGAAAUCUGCGAGCAAACCAUUUAAAUAUUAUUGAAUACGUUUUAGAUAUUCUGUGAAUUAAUAGUAUAUAUUGCAAUUUUAUAUUGUAUAUCAAAUUAUUUUUGUAAAAAAUUUAAUUACUUCAGCUUUCUCUUAUAUGAUACGAUGUAACUUUUGAGUCGUAUUGGACACCUACCUUAUUAAGGAUUAGCAAUGUGUAUUGACUCUAUGUAAAAAGUUAUCUAAAACGAUCCGAAUUUUGAAAUAUUGAGACUCGAAAUUGUCGAACUGCCCUCGUAUAUAAGUGUGCAUAAAGCUAUAUAUUAUUACAAUUCAUUCAGUUCGAUCAUUUGCGAAUAGUUGACGCGAGUAUAAGGAUAACGAUUUGAUAAGCGGCAUAAGAGCAACGAUCGUGCUUUAUACGAAAUAUUUCGAUACGUAAGAUACAAAUGCUCGAGUUUUCGUAACCAUGUAAACAGGUAAUUGGCAAUUAUUUAUAAGUUGCUAUUCUUGCUGUUUUUCUGUUAAUUUGGAGCAACAAAUUUAACAUUUUGAAAGCAAAUUCCAAAACAGUGCUUAUAAAUGCAAAAAUAUGACUCUCUCGCUGUGAAUAGUGAACGUUGCAAGAUCACAAACAUGUGUAUGUUAUUUAACAAUUGUAUUUUGUUAUUAAACAAUUGUAUAAAAGUAUCAAUGUACUCGGCACAAUAUAUCACACACAAGAACUACAUAAAAUAAUAAAUUUGUAAUGCAGAAGAAGAGAAUCUAUCAUUGUGUCUUGGUAAGAUUAUUAUAACGAAUAUCUGUAUAUAAUAAGCAUUUACACAAUGUCGAAUUAUAAGAAAAGUUCUAAGAAAAGUCCAGAUUGUAAUCUAAAAGAAGCCACAGUACUCAAAGAAAAAAUGCAAGAAACAGUGAAGAAAAAAGAAGACUCCUCUGCGCGACCAAAGUGUAAAUUAGAUUCGAACGGUUGUCUAAAUCUUCAAGAUAUUCUGCUCAUGUUUGAUAGUCCAAUAAGUCAAGAGCGAGCAUGGGCAUUGUGUUAUCAAAUAGUCAAAGGCCUAUCGCGCUUAACAGAGAACAAGUUUUAUGAGAUAUCAGAACUCUGGCAAAUUGUACUUCAUAAACAUGGAGACAUCUGUCUUGAAAGUUUGGCAGGAUCCAAGCAAUCUCUUGUUUCCGAAGAAAAGGCCAUAUUCUCUUUAGGCAUGGCAAUUUUUAAAGCCUUGGACUUUGGGUCUAAUGCAGGAGAGGAAAUAGCUUUAUCGCCAGACCUAGAAACCCUCAUUACAUUGAUGACAAGUUGUAAUCGAGCAUCUGAAGGUGAUGUAGAAGAACGGUUACAAGAGACCGAUGAUGAAGGCAUCGAACGGGACUCGGGUGACACUGAUGCAGAAGAUUAUAUGAUGCCGAAAACUACUGAAUCAUGUACAAAUAGUUCCGUUUGUACCUUGAAGACCAUUCUCCAAAUAUGUGAACGGCAUGUGCAAAGUUUACAUGAAGAUGCUGAUAAUUAUUACCGAAAUGUAAUACAAAUGUUUGUGGAGGAGGCUCUUAAUCUCUCUCAAUUUCUGGAAAAAGUGGUUGUCGAUAAGCAAUCACAAGAUUUAUACAGUCCGAGCAUCAAUGACGCUGAUCGUAAUUCUAUCUCACUGCAGAACAUUGAUACAUUGGAUUUCAAUGAUUGGACAGACGUUAGAAUUUGGAGGGCUAUACAAGCUAGAUUUUGGGUUCAAGUAAUCAGUGAGCUAAGGCGAGGGGUGAAAUUGAAGAAAGUGGAAGCCAAUUUGGGGUCCCGCGCGUCCUCGCGCGCACAAGGAAAUCGUCCGGACUACAAAUUGACUCCUUAUGAGAUUCUGAUGGACGAUAUUAGGGAGAAACGGUAUCACCUUAGAAAAACGCCACCCACACCCUCGAGAAAGGACGCGCACGCAAUUAUUCUCGAAUUCAUUCGAAGUCGACCACCUCUGAAAAAGGCCUCGGAAAGACGAUUACGACCGUUACAGAAAGAAUGCACAUUGAGAGAAUUACUCAUGGAGAGUAUAAAGAAGCCUCCAAAGCCCUUAAGAUCUUCAAGUUCGAGACAAAACGUUCCCAGGGUCGAAGAAACAUCAGUUUGCGGCAAGUCUCGCAUGAUAGUCCUCGGAGAGGUGCCGCCGUCGCAACCAGAGCAGGAGCAGGAGUCUGCGCAAGAUGUUGCGGCUCAGUGGUUGCAGUCGGAGGAUCAGAGGACGGCGACGUCGACAGCCGGCGGCGUCCUGGCGGCAACGAGCCGCAGAAGACAGGAUGUACCGCCGGUGCCGCAGCCGCGGCAAAGGAUCGCCAAGGAAAGACCCGACGUUAGGGUCUUGCCUUCCAAUAGGAAUCGUAAGUCGCGUAGAAGGCGCAUUACGGUCGCAGAUAUAACACAAAAUGGGGAGAAUAUUAAGGAAUAUGAAUCAUCUGCGGUACCAAAACCAUCUGGAAGAAAUCUGGAUGCUAUUAGACGGCCCAAGAAAUUGAUACCUGUCGACUUCGAUUUAAAGUUGGAUGCGGAGGAUGACGAUGACGACGAUGAUGAUUACAACGAAGAGGAAUUUGAAACGCGGUUCGAGGAAGAGGAUGAAGCCUCUAAUUAUUGGCAAUUAAAGGAUUACAACUUUGGAGCUCGCGAAGGUAUGCGAAACGGGCACAAAGAUUAUCACCAGCAGAGAGAUGACGACGAAGUAGGAUCCGCGAAUCCUUGGCGGAAAACCGGCGGGCUUCGUCUAACCAGGAAUGAGUAUCAUCGAUUCUGCGAUGCUCAACUAGAAUCUUACGAUUUAGCGACGCAGUGUCCUUCCCGGAGAGCAUCUGCAAAAAAACAUGCUGCAAAGUGUACUAUACCAUUAAUGUCACUCACGGGGACGACAUCCCUGCCACAAUCAAGACCGCAAAGUCGACAACACACUGGUCUCACAGAUUCGACACUGAGCCAAGGUCCGAGUCCUAACAUCAGUUUGAAUCCUAGUCCGAGUCACAGUCCGCAACCACGUGCGCCCAGGCAACCGCGACGGGCGUACACAAUCGCACACGAGGGUAAGGAUGACAAAGCUCAUGGCGAUGAGUGGGAGGAUGAUACCGAUAAGAAGACGAUACUAGGGGAUAUGCUGCUGGAUGAAAGACUGUCGUUAACAUUGGACGAAAUCGUGCACAUACGUAGCGUGCUCACGAAGGCGGAAUUAGAGUCCCUUCCCGUGGAAGGACGUGUUAAAGAGGACGUGGAGAAAAGACGCGUUUGUUUCCUCUGCCUGAAAACGCGCUUCGGGAUCUUGGGUCCUUGGGGACAACGCUGUCGUUUGUGCAAGAGGACCGUUUGCGUGAAAUGUUACUCGAAAAUGCGGAUUCCAACAGAGCAGUUUGCCCGAGUGCCGGUCGUGCUGCUCUCCCCCGGAUUAUUACUUUCACCCACGGAAACGGAGACCGGCAAAAACACUUGGUUAAGGAAUGCGGGAGCGGUCGGCUCGGCACCGGCUUCUCCCGCAUCCAGACGAAAGGAUUCCACAUUACGCAGUGGCACGCCCACUUCGACGCCGACGAUGACACCCAUCUCCGCAUUAACACCAACGUCAACGCCACCCUCUCAUGCGCGUCGAGAGAUGGAAAAUCAGGGAUUGGAGAAGAGAUGCUAUAAGGGCAGUGGCAGCCCCGCUGCUCUCUCAACCACGAAGACGUUCUCUGGCUCAAGCGGGCCGACCGCCGAGCAGCGUUUGGCAGCGGAACGGCUACGUGGUGUCGCUGUCGUCGUCUGCCACGAUUGUCGCAUCAUGGUCAUCCAGAUAAUCAAGAGCUCGAGAACAACACGUGCGACAAUACGCAACAAUGUCAUUUCCCGUCUCACUCUGAACCUCUCCCCUGCCUACGUUUAAUCCUUCUCACUUCUUGAUACCAUUUCCAUCAGUGACUGCUGUUUCUACUAUUGUUUUCUCCGUGUCUAGCGGAAAUUCGUAUUUCACUGUAUACGUAUCGGUAGCGAGUCGGCAACAAUUGUUGUCGCGACUCGAAAGAAAGAAAAUACGUGUCUGUAUGUGUAGACGCAAAAUAGGACAGUCAUUCUCUUAUAAUGCGUGUUGCAGAACUACAUUAAUUUUCAUAUCGUAAAAUAAUGAUAACAUAAGAAUUAUCUGUAUGAGAAGUGGGCAUGUCGAAAAUUUUUUUGUUGAUUUAAAUUAUUUAAAUUAUGCUUUGUGCGUCGAGAUAUUUGUUUGUCCUGAAUAAAAGUUUUCCUUUUUUUUAUUGAUUGUUACUUUAAGUCAGAAGAAGUCAAUCAAUGUUACGAUAGUUUCUUUAAGAUAUCGAUACUGUUAUAAAUAGAGGCGCGUUGAUCAUUUUUCAUCAGCCUAACUAAAUGCAUCACUAGAGUCUAACUGAUGUUUAUAUAGUUUGUCCUCGGAAAAAUUUUAUUUUUUCGACAUAAAAUGAUUUAUAUAACAAGGAAAAAACCUAUAUAUUUCAUUAUUUUGAUUUUUUGAAACUUAAAUUAUUUAUAUUUUCUUAUAUCUUCUAAAUUGUAUGUAAAAUUCUAAAAUUUUAAUGAUUUUUCUAGCGAUUAAAUAUUUCACUUUAAGAUAUCUUUGCGAUUUUCACAUAUGAAAGUGCUUUUUUACCAUAUUUUCAUAAUAUGCAGAAUCUAAAAAUAUGCAAAAUUAAAAGCUUUAACAGUUACAAAUUCAAAGAUUUAAGAAUCUGUGAAUCUGUAAUACACUUAUAAAUAAUUAUCUUUUUGGUGCAACAGUAAAAAAAACAUUUUGUAAAUAGAAUAUUAUAUUGCUUAUUCUCUGUUAUAGAUAAACAUCUCAAUGCACAAGGUAAUAUUAAUUUCCUGAUUAUAUUAUAUCUUACAUGUCCAUAUUUUACUUGAAUAACCGAUUUAUUGUCUGUUUAUGUUAUUUAUUUGGUAUUGAAAUAAUAUAUUGCAUUUAAAUUUAUUUGCUACAAAAAAGAUACUAGUUAAGAACGGUCGUAUAUAUGUAGCAAAUUUAUAUUAUGUUAUACUAUAUCAUUGUUUAAUUAUUGUUAUUUUUCUGUGUUAUGUUAUUUAUAUUAGGUAUAUUAUAAUUUAUAUAUCAAAGUAAAACUUCCAACAAAAUUAAAGCAUUCAAACAGCUAAAAACCUAAGAAUUAGAUUUAAAAAGUUUCGGCAAUGGAAAGAUGAAAAUAAAACAGCCAAAGAUUCUAAUGUCGAAAAUUCUAAGGAUAUGCAAAAAUUUAAAAGUAUAAAUGUUAAGAAUAUAAACUCGAAGUAAGAAUCUCAAGAUAUACAGAUUCAAGGAUUUAAUAAUCAAUGAUCUAUAAGGCUCAAGGAAUGUAAAGAACUACAAAUUUGAGAUAUUGAUGAAAGUAAAAAUUCAAUGGUCAAAAUAUUUGAGCGACUGUAAAUUUAAGGAUCAAAAUGACCUUCAAGAAAUUUCUUUGUAAAAAAUUAACUUUUUACAAAAACCCAUCUUUUUUAUUUUUCACGUAUCUUUGAUUUCAACAAUUUCUUGACGACACGAAUUUGAAUCCUACGUAUCAUAAAUGCUUAUGAUUAUAUAUUGCUAUAUUUUAUAGGAUAAAGAUAAAUCCUUGGAUCUCUUUCUCUCUCUAGCUCUUUGCUUUUACAUAUCCUUAGAUUCUGAGAUACGCACUUGAUUUCAUAAUUUCUUUAUAUAUAUAUAAAUACUUUAUAUAAUAUAAAUCAAUCAAGAAUCUAUAUAAUAUUAUGCCUCAAUAUCAUAGAGUCUUGAAUACAAAAACAUUUGGCUGCUUAUUUAUAUAGAUCUUUGCAUUUUAUCGAUUAUUGUUUUUGUGCAUAAUUUCUUAAAAUAAAAGAUCUCUCAUUCUUAGAGGUAGAUUCUCAACAUACUCUAUGUGCAAUGUAUUUAGAUCUCUAGAUUCACAUUCACAAGAAAUUCACGAUUUGUUAUUUCUAAAAUCCUUGACUAUCUUUUUCAUUAUUUAUAUCAAACAUUGCAGAUUUCUAAACAAAAAUAAUGUUAAUUUAGCUUUUAAUAAAAUAUGUAAAACUGAAUGUAGAAAAUUAAAAUAGGCAAUAUCAUCGUUGGUCGUUUUGAAUGGGAGCAGAACCAAAUAGAGGCGAAGCCUUAGAAGAAUAAAAAUAACCGAUAAAUCAUAUAUAGAAAAUGCAUUCUUCUUGUAAGAUAUUACUGUUGAUCUUCCAUAACACGUUAUGUAAUAAUAACAUGUUCAAAUAUAUUGAAAAAUCAACUAUAUUCCUCACUAAGAAGUAUACAAGAUAUUCCAAAAAGAUAUAUUUCAGUAGCUUUAUUUGUAAUAAGAACAUGCUUAUUUCAAAGAUAUAAAUGAAUAAUAAGCUUUAAUUGAAAUAUUAUAGGCUUAAUUUGAAAUUUGCAUUUCUUAUCAUUUUUGGGGACUUUAUUACAUAUCUAUUUUUCUUAGUUUAAAUAAUGCUACAAAUAACUAUAGUUUUUCUAUAGAUAAAAUUUCGCAAUAUUGCGAUGCAUUUAGCGCUAUGCUCAUGUGUUUUCAUAAAAAAAAACUUACAGAGAUGUUCUCACACAGACUUGGCUAUAUUUAACGCUAAAUGAACACUACAUAAAUAUGAAUAUGGACCAAUGUUUUUCAAUUAAUAUGGAAAGAUAAAAUCUUUGACUUACUCUAUCUUUUUUUAGAAUAUCUUGUAUAACGAAUAAUAAUGUUCAGACAAAGAGGUAGAAUAAGGACAAAUAUCGCAGAAGAUGAAAAAAAAAGCAAAAAAGAAUUAUACAAUUUAUUAUAAGUAUCUUCGUAUAUCAAAGUGAAUAAAUAAAUAAAUUUAAUAGAAAGUUUAAAAUACAAGAUGACGAAGAUAAAUAUUUAAAUAAAAUAAAUUCAUAAUGCAUUUGAAAAUGAGAGUCUAGGAAUAAUAUUAAUUGAUCACACUUGAUAUGUCUGUGUUAUUAAUUAAAUAAGAUUGAUAUUUUGAUGAUCAAAUAUUAUAAUUAAUUAUUUUUUUGUACUUAAUUGAUUGAGUACGUAAAAUAAAUUGCGAUUAGUUCUAGGAUAGUUUAUUAUUAGUUUAUUAUAUUUUGCAUAUUACUUGCGCAAAUGAACGUGUAGAAAUAUGUAUAGAAAUGUUAUACGAAUUAUGUUAAUUGUAUAUAUUGUAAAUGACUUCUUUUACAUUGUAAAAUACGUCUCACAACGAUAUUAUUUAUUCCGAAUAAUUUCUGUAAGCGCAAACAAAAAGCUAUGACACACAGUGAAGAUCGUUAUUGAAAGAAUGUACAUAAGUGAAAGAAAAUUGAUCGGAUUGCGAUGAUUCUGACCGUGAUCUUAAUCAUGAUUCCUGUAAUAUGGUGCAGAGUACAAAGAAGUGAAGUAACGAAUUAUGAAGUUACGUUGCAAGUAACUCCGAAAAAUGUUUCAAUGUUGAAGCCGAUAAAUAAUAUAUAUACAUAUAUAAUUAUAUAAUCGAAUAUUGUUGCAAAAGCUUGCGAGGAUCUUAUAAAAUUUGUAGGACAAUUAUAUGAUACCACGAAUGUAAAAAUCCGACAAUCGAAAGAUUCAAAGAGUUUA